AUGAGCUCGCCAUCAUUGCCAUCGUUGUCGUCUCUACAGCCGGGGCCACGUCCGCAAGGGUUCCUCACGGCCAGGUCCGUCCUCGCCGACCUCGAAUCACGACACAGUCGCAAUCCAGACGUGGUUGCCCUUCCCGAGAAGCCCAAGAGAGGACGACCGAAAAAGGCCGUCAAUACAGAUGAUGUUCCGGCCAGACCACGGACCCGUAGGAAGACGACAGCCACCAACGACAAUCCUGAUCUCGGCGACGUAGACAAAGCUCCUGNNCAAAACCUGAGGCGCGUAAGAGACAGGCUGCGACUACAGACGAGCAGGAAGGAGCGAUUGACGCAGCCCCUGCACGCAAGAGAGGUCGUCCGAAGAAGGCAGUUGCCAUUGAGGNAUGCUGCGACUGCCACAACAGACACGGUCGAAGUCACGAAGCCUGUAGUAAAGCGAGGAAGGAAAAAGGCCAUCGAGUCCGCAGACACUCUUGACAGCGAUGUUGCUGCUGGAAAGCUCAAGCCGCCAUCCAACCCUCGCAAGACAAAAUCCACGACCAACUCCAAGUCAAUCGACAAUGGUACGACAGCAGCCUCAGUGGUGCUUGCUGUCGACGUUGCGGAAGCAGUAGAUUCUGAUGUGCAGCCUAUUCCCCAAGUCGAAGCCCCGGUAGAGGUGCUUGGUCUUGAUCUUGAUCCGGCUCCAAGACGCAGACGAGACUGGACUCCGCCGACAGAAUCGGCUCUCCCUCCGUCCUUCCAGCAGAGUAGCGACACCUCGCCCAACCCUGAACCCGCUGCCACCCAUGACCCUGUGGACGACGACCAUGUUGGUGAUGCCCCAGCAGCAUUGGAUUUCACCAAGCUGAUAGGCGACUUUGGCUAUCAAGAGAACAACCCUAAACCUCCUCCAUCUCUAUCCCGAACUCCGAGCGACGGUCCUACCACCAAGCGAAAACGCUUGGAUCCUGUCGAUGUGGCUGCGCCUGAAGAGCCAAAGAAGCGGAAGAGGAAAGCUGCAGAGCCGAAAGAGCCAAAGGAACCAAAGCCGAAAGCGCCCAAGAAGCCGAAAGCGCCCAAGAAGAAACCGCUCACUAUUACUGCUCUUGCUACCGCAGCUUAUCUCCCACAACCUGCCAUCAACGAAGGUGAUCAGACCAAAUUGAUCUCGGACUUUUUCCCACAGCCACAGUCCGAUACCGCCGCUCUUCCUACUAACGAAGCCGAUGUUGUCAAGCCAACAGGAUCCACGAAGCGUCGCGCUCUUGAGGACAAGCCCGCACCAAAACGCAAAAGAGCCACANAAAAAGUACAAAUUACAGUGCCUGAGGUUCACAUCAAGUUGGACUCUCCAGAAGCUGCUCGCGAGAAUGCCAAAAGACAACAAUGGUUGUUCGGAAGCUCAAGCCAGUUGGCUGCAGCAGAAUCUCCUACCGAGCUUCGCGAUCUACAGCAAGCAUUGAAGGAAUCUGAGGAUAUGAUCUCUUCGCAGCACUUGGACAUCUCACGUGCUACGAGUUAUGCGCAUGUACCAUCUGCCCCGCAUGGAACCAGUCUUUCUGUUGGACAAGCUGACAGAGCUCUGUGGAUGUCUGCUGCGCGAGACUUUGAAGACUCAACCUUUGCAUCUGAUGAAAGUCGCGAUCGUGAUGACCGGGUCGUAGCAAGCGAUGAUAUGCCACAACCGCAAUACCCUCCUAGCAGUACGAAAUCUGCUCCAGUUUCUCGUCUCCCAGAACCACACGUUGGGGUGUUGACGAUAUCGUCGUCGGCUCCCAAGGAGCUCGAGUCGCCAGAUUUCGGAUAUGUGGAUGUUGACCAAGUAUGUGGCGAUUUAUCCCCGACCACUUGCGUGCCCGGGAGACCUGCCCCGUCGGAUGUACCACAUGCCGGCCUAGAGACCGGAGGGGCGACGAGUGUGGCCUGCAAGCCCCACGAGAUCAUUUCUCUGGACACUACGCCUGAAACGGAAGUCGUACAUCGUUGCGCUCUUGGUGCUCGCGACCCAAAUACCAACAUCACGAGGCAGACUGUUGAUCCUGAGNAGAAAAAGUUGAACAUCUUCCCGAGGAGAAUCGGCGGCAAACCACGAGUGGUCUGUGUGGAAUCUCCGGAGAGACCAGCGUCGCAAAACGCGACAGGCAAUGCAGCACAAGUGUCACCGGUUGUCAUCAGAUGGGUAGUGAAAGGUUCGCAAACUCUCUCGGCACGAGAAGAUGCUAGGCAAAAGUACCUUGUUUCUCCCAAUUCAUCCGCACGAGAACAUGCCAAGCAAAGGUUUCUUGCUUCCAGCUCAACUCGAAUCUCUAUCCAACCUUCGCAGGAAAGGUUGCCCGACAUACCACCCAGUGCCACCUUGAUCUUGCCUUCUAAGCCAAGAGGCAGGCCUCCGAAAUUCGGACCUGCUCCCAAUCCUGCGUCGCCAACGCGAUCAAGAGGUCGACCUCGGAAGUCCAUCAGCCCUGAUAGUCUACCCUUAUCGUCGCAACUUCAUAAACUGCCUUCCCUUCCUGCCGCUUCGCAGCGAGCCGCAAUUGCAGAGCCGUCAUCCGACUAUCUCGACAUCGACGCCAUCUCGGAUUUAGACAUCCCAUCUCACGCUCCUUCGCCACCACGACGUCUGCCCACAUCACCACCCAAGGCAUCAUUAGACUUUGACAGACCGCCUCCACCACCGCUGCCAGCCAUUGCAGCCUCGACCGCUCGAAGUACCGCCAAACAAAUUCUAGCGGAAUGGUCUAGUAUUGCCACGAUAUUGUUCCCCAUGAUCACGAAAACUGUACGUUCCAAGCCACCUAGCCAAGAUCACAAAGCACCCACCUGGCAUGAGAAGAUGCUACUCUACGACCCUAUUGUACUUGAAGACUUGACUUUGUGGCUCAACAGCCAGGGUGUCCGAAUUGAGAUUUUGGUGCCAAAGAUAGUCAAAGGGAAGGGAAAGAAGAAAGUCGAUGAUGUUGAGACUGUAGGAGACGCUACAGAGAUAGUCAAAGAAGAGUUGCAACCUUGGAUGGUACAGAAAUGGUGUGAGGAGCAUAGUAUUUGUUGUUUGUGGAAAGAGGGACUGAGAGGUGGAGUUAGGCAGAAAUAUUGA